GCCCCAGGCCGAAGGCGGGCUGCGAAGCGCGAAAGGCAGCCGCGGCCGCAGGAGGAGCAAACGCCCAGCAGUGACCAGCCUCCUUCUUUCUCUCUCCCUCGUCCAGGCCGCGUCCUCCGGCGUCGCGCCGAGGGGGCGCCGCUCCGCCUUGCCGUCGCCCCUCACUUUUCCCCGCGGCAGCGGAGGCGGUACCAGCACCAUGUGGGGGAGGCUUCUCUCCGACCUCGGGCAGAACGGGGACUACCGAAUAGGUCCAGAAUGUUCUUCAUCAGGAUGGUUUUCGGGUACUGAUUCUCUGUGGCAAGCCACAGCAGGUCCACCCAGCCGCCAAAGUACCCAUAUCAGAAGACACAGCAUAGCUUCUGACAGUGGGGAUACAGGUGUUGGAACUUCCUGUUCUGAUAGUGUGGAAGAUCAUUCCACAUCAAGUGGUACUUCCUUGUUUAAGCCCAGCCGCUCGUUGGUCUCGAUUCCCACUGCCCAUGUAAUGCCAUCUCAUAUCAACACUUCGCUUUCAAAACAUAGGGAUCCUCUCAAGUCCAACUCUACAAAGUGGAGCACAAGCCUUUUGAGAUCUGCUCAAAGCAGGCAUCAGGGCAUGUUGGACAGCUCUCUCGAUAUGAAAGAUUUGAGGCCUGUAAGGAAGUGGUCAUCGUUGUCUAAACUCAGCACACCUCUUAGUUGUAACCAGGAUGGGGAUGUUUAUUCAGCAGAAUGCAGGACCAACUUGGAUACAAAUAGAAGAGACAAGACUGUUUCACCACAAUUAAGAACAAGUGGGUCAAAUUGCUUAUAUAAUAGUAUGGAACUAUUAAAGUCUGAGGACAGAGAAAACGGGAAGAAAAAGAAUUCUACUUUGAACUGCAAAUACAAAUUUGAAAGUUGCAGCAAAGAAGACUGGGGCGUUCCUGAUGCCUCAAACAGGAGACAUGCCUUAGAUAUGACCUAUAGUGCCUUACCUGAAAGCAAGCCUGCUCCAUUAAACUCUGAAGCUUUUCAUCAAGAAUAUAUAACUUUGGAACCACAGGCUGCAGUUUCCAUUCAAUCUUCUGAGAGGACUCAGAGGUGGCUUACAGAACAAUUUCGUACAAAUCCUCCAGAAUCCAGGCCUUCUGAGGAGUCAUACAGCCUAUCUCCUUGGCAGUUACAGCAACUUGAAGGACUUAGAACAGGAAGUGAACAUCUGCAGGUUCUGGGUGGAUCAUAUCAUCAGAGUUAUCCAGCUGCAAACUUUCAGGACUAUAAUAAUUGGGAGUCCCUGAUGAAAAUUAAAGAAGGGCUGUUAAGGCAAAAAGAAAUUGUGAUUGAUCGGCAAAACCAGCAAAUUAACCUUCUGUAUCAGAAAAUAAGAGAGAAUGAACUACGAGCUCAACAAGCAAGAUUAGGGCACAUUGUAAAUUGUGAAGAAUCAUACAUGAAUAGUUUCCAGCCUCAGUAUGAGAAAAUAUCAAUGCCAGCUCAAUUUGCAGAGAGAUCUUUGACCCAAUGUGAAAGGGAGCAAGUUAAGCUUGUAUCAGUACAAAAUAAGGAGCUACAGCUCAGUGAGUUUUUGAAAGAAAUAGUAAACAAAUCUAAUGAAGAUAAAAAGAAAAUGGAAGAGAAGCUCAAAACCCGAGACAGGUACAUAAGUAGCCUAAAAAAGAAAUGCCAGAAAGAAUUGGAACAAAAUAAAGAGAAACAGAGACGAAUUGAAACACUUGAAAAAUACCUAGCUGAUUUGCCAACACUGGAUGAUAUUGAAAGGCAAAGUAAAGAGCUACAGGGUCUUGAAGAAAAAAAUAAGCAACUGAAAGCUACUAUGGCUAAGCUAGAAAAGGAAUUGGAAGAAUCUAAGACACAAUGUAAAGAAAAAGAAUUGCAGCUUGUGUGCCAGAAGAAGAAAGAAAAAGAGUUGAUAAUUGCAGUGCAAAGCUUGCAACAGAAAGUAGAAAAAUGUCUGGAAGAUGGUGUCCGCCUUCCUAUGUUGGACGCAAAACAACUUCAGAAUGAAAAUGAAAGCCUCAAAGAAAAAAAUGAGAAGGCUUACAAGGUCAUAGACAAUCAACAAAAUCGGAUCACUGAGAUAUCUUUAGAGAUACAGUCUAUGCAAGAAAAGCUUUUAGAAGGAAAUCUAACAAUUCAGAAACAAAAAAAUGAACUUGAAGAAAAGGAAAAGAGUGUACAGCAGUUAAAGGAGGUACUUCUUGAAAACCAAAGAUUUAUGGAAGAAAAUGAACGUUUAAGAGAACAGAUUCAUCUGAUGGAGCAGUCCAGACAACCGGUGGCUGAAAAGUUACCUGUGGCAGAUCAGUUAUUCAUAGAGAUGUCUCACUGUCUGUUUGACUUGAAAGCACUUUGCAGUAUUCUUACUCACAGAGCUCAGGGCAAAGAACCUAACCUGUCCUUGCUGCUCGGAAUCCAAUCAAUGAACUGUUCCUCUGAAGAUGAGAAGCACCACAGCACAGAAAGUCUCUCGAAGAAGCUCACAGAGGUUUGUCAGUUACGGAAAGAUAUUGAUGAACUGAGGACUAUAAUUUCAGACUGCUAUGCUCAGGACAUGGGAGAAAAUUGCAUUACACAGUGAUGACACCUUGGCCUCAUACUAACAACUAAGUUAUUAAAUGCUGCUCUGGUUUUAGUUCUUCAUAUUUCUGUUACAAACAAUACUGGAAAGCAAAUGCUGUGCCAGCUGAAAAGGUUUCAUACGUUUGUGCAUAGUUCAUGCAGGUAAUACGAUCUUCUAUCGAAGAGAUUUUGUGCUGCGGGGAAAAAUCUAAUUUCUUUAAAACUACUGAAUGUAGGUCAAAGCUGUGAAUAAUGUUCUUUUGAAAAUGUUUUUUAUUUCUUUUGUUAUGCUGAUAAAAGAAAAUACAAUGUUUUCUGGAGUAAAAAUGGAAUUACCAGAAGAGGGCACUAUAACAAUGGUUCAGCAAGCUUUUAGGAUAGAAGAUCAGGCCUGAGAAUCUUCAUGACAAAGGCAGUUGGAUGUGCUUGGUUAUUUGAACGCCAGGUAUUAGAACUGUGGAUGAAGACAUAGAGUCCUAACAAAGAUUAUUUUUGGGGGGGGAUGAAGAAAGUACUGAUGGUUUGGGCCACAUUAGGUAAAAAUGAUAUGCUCUUUAAGGGUUGCAUUCCCAGUUUGAUUAUUGUUUUACUCUGCAGUUCUUGUGUAAUGCAAAGGGGAAAAAAAUAUGAAAAAACAUUCACAUUUCAGGAAGGGAUUCAGACUUAGAAUUCAGUCACCAACUAUUAAGCUCUUUUGCAUUAAUUAGGUUGGGCAAAAUGGUUUUGAUAAAAUAUUUUUUAAAAAAUCAAAAACAUUAAGUGACAUUUUUAAUUCUAUCUCCAGCCA